AUGGCAGCACAAUCAACUCUUCGGCCUGAUCCCCUUCUCGCCCUGUAUCUCCGGUAUACCCAGAAACUACGCGCGCGUCUUCAACAUUCGUCCAAGACCAGCAAACUGAUUGCGACAAUCACUUUGCUUUUUUCCAUCAUCGGGUCCAGCUAUGGGGGCUACAAAUGGCUUCGACAGCAGUCCACAGAACACGCCCAAGGCAGACGUAUGCUGCGGCGAAACUCUGGUCUUCGAGGAAAAGAUGGGUCAAGAAUCAUAUACGUACCUUACCGGGACAACCUAACCUCCAAAGUGACCAUCCAUCCUACCAAACCAACAACAUUUGAUGCUCAUCGCAGGUUAUUUCUGAAUCCUCCCCGAUCAGUGCGUAUGGGAGAUGAAGAAUCUAUUUCCCAAAUACCACCCCUUUCCACCAAGCCAGGCUUGAAUCUCGCUUUUCUACACCAGUUUCUCAGCCUAAUGAGCAUUAUGAUCCCAAGGUGGCAUUCUAAGGAAACCGGUCUCUUGAUGAGCCAUGGCGUUUUUCUGCUAAUGAGAACCUACCUCUCAUUGAUUGUGGCUAGAUUGGACGGAGAGAUUGUUCGAGAUCUUGUUGCCGGCAAGGGCCGCGCCUUCGUUUGGGGCCUACUCAAAUGGUGCAGUAUCGGCACACUCGCCUCCUAUACGAACGCCAUGAUCCAUUUUUUCCAGUCGAAGAUAUCCAUUGCCUUCCGAACUCGCCUCACAAGAUAUAUCCAUGAUCUUUACCUAAACGAGAACAUGAACUACUAUAAAUUGUCAAACUUGGAUGGCGCUGUUGGUCAGGGCGCUGACCAGUUUAUCACCCAGGACCUGACACUCUUCUGUGCCUCUGCUGCAGGAUUAACAUCAUCUCUGGGGAAGCCGACCGUUGAUUUGAUCUUCUUCACUUAUCAACUCUACCGUGGCCUUGGCCCUCUUGCGCUAACAGGCAUCUUGAGCGGCUAUUUCACAACAGCCACCGUCCUUCGUAAACUUUCGCCACCGUUUGGGAAAUUAAAGGCUGUCGAGGGUAAGCGAGAAGGGGAUUUCAGAGGACUGCAUUCGCGACUAUUGGCCAACGCUGAAGAAAUAGCUUUCUAUGGCGGUGCGGACAUUGAGAAGAUAUUUUUGACAAAAAGUUUCAAGGAUUUGCAGCGAUGGAUGAAAGGCAUCUACAGUCUCAAGAUCCGCUAUAAUAUGUUGGAAGAUAUGAUUUUGAAGUAUAUAUGGUCUGCAUUCGGAUAUCUCAUGACAUCCAUACCUAUUUUCCUUCCUGCAUGGGGAGGAGUUGGCGGCACUCAGGAAUUAGGUGAUCCAUCUGAGCUAAAUGGCCGAGAAAGAGGUCGAAUGAAGGACUUCAUCACUAACAAACGACUAAUGCUGUCUCUCGCUGAUGCUGGAGGUAGAAUGAUGUAUAGCAUCAAAGAUAUUUCCGAACUGGCUGGCUAUACAUCCCGUGUCUACACCUUAAUUUCUACUUUGCACAGAGUACAUGCAAAUGCGUACUAUCAACCACGAGGUAGUCAUCCGGAGUUAUAUUCACUUGCAGACGUCCAAGGAACUAUUCACAGUGGCUUUGAUGGUGUGCGUUUAGAACAUGUUCCUGUUGUUGCACCAUCCCUCUAUCCACAAGGUGGUGACGAGCUUAUCGAAUCCCUUACUUUUAUUGUUCAUUCUGGCGACCAUCUUCUCGUGUCAGGCCCCAAUGGUGUCGGAAAGUCAUCGAUUGCACGCCUCGUUGCGGGACUAUGGCCAGUCUACCGAGGACUGGUAAGCCGACCUAGGAACUUUGGUCAGGAUGGCAUCAUGUUUCUUCCACAACGGCCUUAUUUAAGCAUCGGUACUCUGCGAGAUCAGGUCAUCUACCCCCAUAGUGCAAUGGACAUGCAUGAAAAUGGCCGAACAGAUGCAGAACUCGGACGAAUUCUCGAAGAAGUACAUCUUGGUUAUCUCCCAGAUCGUGAAGGCGGUUGGGAUUGUCGAAAGGAGUGGAAAGAUGUGCUUAGUGGAGGGGAGAAACAGCGAAUGGCAUUCGCAAGACUCCUUUACCACGAACCACGCUAUGCUUUUAUUGAUGAAGGGACAUCGGCUGUAUCCUCCGACGUCGAGGGUUUGUUAUACGAACGAUCAAAAGAAAAGGGUAUCACUCUCAUCACAAUUUCUACCCGCGCCUCUCUCAAGAAAUACCAUACCUUCCAACUUACCCUUGGUCUUGGUACGGCUGGUGAUGAAUGGGAGUUUGAUAGAAUCGGCACAGAAAAGGAGAAGAUGGGAGUUGAGAAGGAGUUACAAGAACUACGAAAGCGUCUUGACAACGUCGAAAAUUGGAAACAUCGCAGAGAGGAGAUUGAAAGCGAAUUACGCAAAGUGCUCGUCGCGGGAGGGGAGCUUGAUCCUCCACCAUACGAAGAAGUCGAAUCGGCAGUUGACGAGGAACCAGUGGCUGUAAAUUAA